CUGCCGCCAUUUUGGUGCUCGGCUCUGAGAGGGGAGGACCCGGUAGGCGAAAGCGGCACCUCGGCGCCUCUGUCCGCCCUCCCCGCCCUCCUGGCUGGCCUCGGCGCUCAGGCACCGCAUCGGGCUACCCUCCUAGGCCGCCCUCGCCGCGUUCCCGCGCCGCCCGCCCCCGCAGCCGCCGCCGGGCCGCCGUAGGCCUGAGGGAGCGCGGCGGGGAGGAUGCCCCGCACUCCCCGGCGCUGAGGGAGCCCCGGGCCCUGAUCAGCCUCCCUGGCCGCCGCCUCGAGGCGCGGAGCUGCCUGCUCGCCUUUGUCGGGGCUGCGCUGGGCGCUCGGCGCUCCCCCCGGCCGCCUCGCCGUUCCCGUCCCCUCCCCGCGUCUCUCCGGCCCUUGGCCUCCCCCUCCCCCGCCAGAGCCAUGUCUUCCGCCGCCCGCUUCGACUCCUCGGACCGCUCGAGCUGGUACGUGGGCCCGGUGUCGCGGGCGGAGGCGCAGACGCGGCUGCAGGGGCAGCGGCACGGGAUGUUCCUGGUGCGAGACUCCUCCACCUGCCCCGGCGACUACGUGCUCUCCGUGUCCGAGAACUCCCGCGUCUCCCACUACAUCAUCAACUCCCUGCCCAACCGCCGCUUCAAGAUCGGCGACCAGGAGUUCGAUCACCUGCCCGCACUGCUGGAGUUCUACAAGAUCCACUACCUGGACACCACCACCCUCAUCGAGCCCGCACCCAGGUAUCCAAGUCCGCCAAUGGGAUCUGGAUCUGCCCCUGCUCUGUCUGCUGCAGAAGAAAAUGUGGAGUAUGUUCGGACUCUCUAUGACUUCCCUGGCAAUGAUGCUGAGGAUCUUCCAUUUAAAAAAGGUGAAAUUUUGGUUAUUGUAGAGAAGCCAGAAGAACAAUGGUGGAGUGCCAGAAACAAGGAUGGUCGGAUUGGGAUGAUUCCUGUUCCUUAUGUAGAAAAGCUAGUCAGAUCUUCUCACGCAAAGCAUGGAAACAGGAAUUCCAACAGUUAUGGUAUUCCAGAACCUGCCCAUGCUUAUGCUCAGCCUCAAACCGCAAGUCCCCUUCCUGCAGUAUCCAGUACACCCGGGGCAGUGAUCAAUCCUCUGCCAUCAACACAGAAUGGACCAGUCUAUGCCAAAGCUAUACAAAAAAGAGUACCCUGUGCGUAUGACAAGACUGCGCUGGCGUUAGAGGUUGGAGAUAUCGUGAAGGUUACAAGGAUGAAUAUAAACGGUCAGUGGGAAGGAGAAGUCAAUGGUCGAAAAGGGCUCUUCCCAUUCACGCAUGUCAAAAUAUUUGAUCCUCAAAACCCAGAUGAGAACGAAUGAUUCCCUCUGCCCAAUUCACACUGCUGCUUCAUUUUCCUGGCUAUCAUGAGCAUUGUUUGAGGUGGGAUGAUGACUUAAUGGCACAUUGCUAGCAUUGCCCAUUUUCCAGCUUGCUGCAGUCUGACAGUUCUUUUACUAUACAUGUGGAAUACACAACUGAAGUCACUGCCUGACCUUCAUACUGUAGACGCGUCAUCCAGAAUUUAGUUUCACUUUUAAGAUACUGUUGGGCCUUAAGCUGGAGAAGACUGAACCAGUGUAUAGCAGAGAAGUGUGGGAAGAAAUCCUUUCCUGUUGAGCCUUCCAUGGACUUUUUCUGGCUUACUUAGUAGGAAGAGCCCUAAUGUUAGAAAAAACAUGCAACCCGUGCAUUACUGUCCGACAAAAAGCAACAACAAAAAUGCAAUUUUAGGACUGAAGAAGACUUAGUUUUAAGAGAACCUGUCCUAAGGUAGUACAUUUUAAAUGAUGGUCUCUUUCAAGGACAGUAAUUGAAGCUUAUGUAUUCUAAGCAGUUGUAUUAGAAGCUGCUCUUUUCUGUUAACUCUGAAGCUUGUUGUUGGCCUUUCUGAAACUGUGUUAAAUGCGAAUAACCAUUGAUUGAGCUGCAUUGAAGCUGAGGCAUUUAUUUAUAAGGAAACUUUGGGGGGGUUGAUACUUGUAACCUGGUUUUGACAUACUGAGCGCAUUUCUGUUGAUUUUUGCAAGCACUAACUGUAGCAAGUAAGCUUUAAAGGGAAACACUUUUGGCUAUGUACAACUCUUCUGCAGUGUUAAAAGUGUCCUCGUAUUAGUACAGAAGUGCUCGUUAUCAAGCUGUUAUUAGUAGACAACUUGAUCAGAUUGCCAUGAUGUGGAGAGGUAGGACAGGAGUGAGACAGAAGAACUUGCUGAAUACCGAUAAAACCCUCUUAUUUAAACAUACAGCUUUGACACCUAUUUCUCUGUUGGUUCCCUCAUCUCUCCAAAGUUUCCCAGCUCUGCCAGCCCCAGUUUGUUGACAGCUUCCUUUCAAACACAUUACAUUUUUUCUAGGAUGUCUUCACACUGUUGUGCUUCUUUUCCAGAGCUGCUUUCAUCUUCUUUUCCUCCCUGUUUUUACUUGCUUGCAUCCCAAGCUCUCUGCUUACAUCCUUUUUCACCGUCCCAACAGAGUUGGCUCUGGCCCUAGGUCCCUCCCCUCCGAGCAUCCUCUAGAAAACAGUUAAUUGCAGUGAGCUGCCUGUGUUCCCCAUGUGAGUUAAAGGAGUGCUCAGGCUGGAGGAGGCCACAGAGGUGUCUGUUACUGGUAUAACUUCUUCCCCUUGCCCGUACGCAAGCAGUACUGCUGCAACUGUACUUGCAGCAAGGAACUACAUGGCUGCAGCUACGUGUAUACAGUUCAUGCCAUGCAGGUUAUGUCCUCAGCCUGUGGACAGGAUAGGAAAGCUUAGGUAGAGUGGUAUCCUGUGCCACCGCAUUUAUGUGUGUUUUGUAGGUGAACUGGAAUGCUCUUAAAAAAAAUUGAACACUGAAUUAACAGGAUACAUGUCUGCAAAGACUACAACUGCAGACCCUCCCUUUUCAUACUGCCUGGUUAAAGAAAAAAUACCUGUUGCAGAAGCUGACAGGAAGACAGCAGCCUCUGUUUUUUCAGCUUUUGAAGGCUGUCAGUUGUAGCAAAACGGGAAACUUCAGAAUCUUACCGGUUCUUAUAAAUGUCACAUUACAUAAGAGUUGUCUUAAGUUCCAGCAUGUUUUCUUGUUGAUUUGUGUCGCUUGAUCCUAAUAAAAGCAGGUUGUUCUUAGCUCGUGUACAAGUGCCAUGGGAUCCUUAGUUGGAAGACACUGAAGAAAUUGCAAGACUGAUGUUGGCAACAAGACAGUCGCUAUGCUGGGGUUGUUUGAAGAAGUCUCUCUGUUCAUCUGUAGCUGUUCUCUGUAGUAGUGGGCAAGUGGCUGACCGUCUAGAAGUUCUUGUAGAGUAUUUUACUACCAAAUUAACUGUGAAGUAGAGUAGCAUUGACUGAAGUGUUUGGUGCUGUAAAAGUAAUUCUUGACAAUAGGCAUUGACAUUUUGUCUUGCGAAGAAAAGCUAUGCAGCUCUCUCAACUAAAGGAGGUCAUGCUUUUUCUAUGCCCCAACUGUACCCAUAAGUUUACUACAUAGCUUAUACUACUGAAAGUCAUCUUUGGAAUACAGAAACUGCACUAAACUCAGUCUGCUGCAGAGAAAUCUUAUUUCAGACCUGACCUAGUUACAGGCAGCUCUUCAGAAGACUGAUUGUAGAAUUCUUCCUUUGCAUGGUGAAUAAAUACUGUGAGAUUUGAGAUCUUGAGCACAGCUUUUGACCUGGAUUUCUUUUACUGCAAUAAACGUCUCAACUCAUCCCCUCAUUGUAGAAACUAUAUGCUUUGAACACAAGCAUUGUUAAAGGUUUAAUUAUGUUCUGAUAUUGUCUGAUACUGCAGAAAAAAAAGUAUUUUACCUUCACAACUAUGCAAAAUAUGCGUAUAGUGGCUUCUGAUGCAAAGACAAGAAUUCUUAGAUGCCUGUGAACCUGGUUGUGGGCCAUGGAUGAGCAGUGUUUGUCUCUUGAGUAGCAACAGUGUGGUUCAGGUAUGUGAAAUGUGGUUUAAAUGUAGCAUACUGACCAGUCUAAGCUGAUUGUAACCUUGCUUCAAAAUGUCUUUGCUAUUUUACUAGGAGACAAGUACUUUCUUAUAAAGGCUGCAUUUGAUCAGUUUUGUGUUUCUCUCUGAAGGACUCUGGAUUCUCAAUUGCUCCUUGCUUGCUUACACGUGUGCUGUUUGUUGCUUUAUGAAGCCUCCUAAACUUGAGUGAUAACCUGUCAGUGUAACUGUUCCUCGGGCGUGUCAGGUAUCCUUCAGGUGAAGCAUGAGAGCCACAAGCAAUGGCUUCAAUCUAUGCACCAUUACAGCUGUUCCUGCUUCUUAACUGAGAGCUGGUUCAGCGCCCCGGUGCCACAGUAGUUAACUAUCGUGAGAGGCUUCUGUUGGACUCCUGUUGUGUACAUGUGUAUAUAGACAUGGAAGCCUCUGACCAGUCUAAAAGUUGACAUGAAAACUGUUUUAAUCAGUGGCCAUCACUGGAUAAGCGCUAAUUUAAUUCAUGAUUGUUUACAAAUUGGGAAGGAAUAAAUAAACAAAAGGGAAUAUCUUGUUUGGGCUGGGGCUCUGAAGAGCCUGAACAUUAUUUUUGUAAAGGGAAAAAACAGCAUUCUUUGUGCCAUUUCAUGUGCCUGUAAAGUACUUUUUAUAUUGUAUUCACAUCCUGGGAACGAGUGGGCUGCCUUUGUUUUCUAGUCAAGUUUUCAAGCGUUUUCCUCAAUCCCUGCGUUGGAAAGUGAGACCUGCCUAACAGACUGCCUUGGGGACCCAUGAGUGUCCUUGUAGAGCUGUGAGCUCCUGGUGGUUGUGGGAAAUGGAAGUGGUUUGGGACAAGGAUACAGUUACUUCAGUGGGAAAGGUGGCCUUGUAUUUGAGACAGUCUUCACUGUGUAAACUUCCAAACACAAAAUGUAAAUUAAAGACCAUGAUCUUCAGGCAAUAAUAUUAAAGUGUAAGCUUUUAAAGUUUAUUUUGGGGAUCAUAGCUUGGUUUAUUUUUUGUGCUACAAGAUUAACAGUAUUAAAUGAACUAUAUUCUUAGAAUAUAUGGAGUGUCUUUUCUUAAGAUUAGUGCCUUUUUAAUUUCUUACUCCACUUAUUUCAUAGAACUGGUCCCAACAUCAAGCCACUUUUUUUUUCCCCCAGUGCCCUGUUUGUACAGUCUAAAUAAAAC